UCUUUCAGUGGGGAUCAUGAUUUGGUUAUGCCAUACACUGCAACACUUCAAUGGAUUAGAGCACUCAACUAUUCUGUGAUUGAGAAAUGGCAUCCAUGGUUUGUUGAGAACCAGAUAGCAGGGUAUGCAAUUAGGUUUGAUCACAAUCUAUUAUUUGCUACGUUCAAGGGUGCCGGCCAUACAGUGACCGAAUACAUGCCUCGUGAAGCAUUAAUUGCUUAUCAGAAGUGGAUUGAUGGUGCUGAUUCUCUCUAGUGGCUCGUUGCACAUUUUUGUUUUUGAAAGCAUGGUACCAGCAGUAGUUGUUUUUGUUGUUGUUAUUGUUGUUGCUGCCGCCGCAGCCAAAUCUUUCCAGUGGCAUAUUACAUAUUGUGGUUUUUUAGAAGCAGU